AUGGGCGAAGACAUGGCCAAACUAGUUUCUUCAGGACCGUCUUUGGUAUUUGUUACGUUCGCUGAGGCCAUCGCUAGACUUCCGCUUGCUCCAAUGUUCAUCGUGGAAACUGUGGUCAUAUCGCUGUGCGACGAAUUUCCGUCCAGACUCAGGAAGAACAAGCUGCAUAUGCUUUUGCUCUGCACCGUCCUGUUUUAUGCCGUGAGUCUUAUGUUUUGCACUCAGGCUGGCAUGUACUUUCUUACGUUGUUCGAGUACUACUAUAUCAGCUGGUUUCUUUUCGUCAUCGCGUUUUUCGAAUCCAUGGCAUUGUCUUGGGUUUACGGUACGUGUUGCGUUGAUAAUCUUCUCGACAAUAUCAAAUGGAUGACGGGCUACUACCCACAUAUUUACAUAUUUUGGAAGAUUUUGUGGAAGAUCCUGAGUCCCUUCGGCUCAAUGUGUUUAAUACUUUACACCCUGAUGCGAUGCACACCGGCUUCUUACAAAGACUACCUUUUUCCAUUGUGGCCAAAUAUCAUUGGUUGGUUGAUUUCUUUUCUGCCUGUUUUGACGAUAGUUAUUACGGCGAUCUACAAGUUCAUCAACCGCAGCGGUAGCUGUGUUAAGAGGUUUCAAGAUCUAAUGUGUCCGGAAGACGACUGGGGUCCUGCGUUGGCCAUUCAUCGGGCUGAAGAAUUUCCGUUGCAGAUACCAGAAGCAAGGGAACCGAUAAAAGAUUUGAAUCUGGCGACGAGUCCUGCGGUGGAUACGGAAAGCAGCGAUGUUCAAAAGAACGUACACAUGCCGUUGAUUCCUCUUGCUGCUCAAGAUAGAGAAACUGCCAUAUAG